AUGAUUUUUCAACGAGUCUCUUUUUUACUUGUCUUUUGCACAGUGAUAGUAGUCGUAAAUAUUAUACAUGAUUCCUUUUUAAUUUAUAAUGCAUAUGUGAAAGAUCGUUUAACUCAAUUUCGUAUUUGUGCCUCAACUGUGGGGGAAUGGAAAAAAAUAAAUUAUGCUGAAAAAUUGCAUAAGCAAAACAGGGAAAUACUAAUUUUUUUACAACAUGAACGAGAAUUUCAUCAAAUUAAUGCUAAAAAGAGUGUAAGAAAAAGUGUACGAAAAAAUGCAAGUGGCGGAGCGCAAAAAGUAAAAAGGCAAAAAAGAACGAAAGAGAAAAUAGCAAAAAAAGAAGACUCAACGAAGUGGCUCCCUAUUAACAGACGUACAAAUCAAAUUAACCGUAUUAGCUUUAAAGAGGUGGGAAAUAAUGCUGAUAAUGUGAAUGAAAAAAAGGAAGAAGAACUAAAAUAUGGCGAAUGUGAAGGGAAUGCAAGAAAUUGUGUAAACAAAAAAGUUCAGAGCUUCGUUAAGUUAAUGAAGGGGAUAGACACUGUUGGUAGAGAAAGGGAUAGAGCGAAUGGAAUAGAAGACGAUGUAAACGGUCAAGGCGGUCAUUAUGGUGAUGGUUUAAGUGAUCCUAAUGAACAAAAUGUAUACAAUGAUAAACAUCAUACAGUGGUGGUAUACGACGGGCUAGAUGAAAAAAAAGACCUUUAUAAUAAAUACAAAGUUGAAAGGGAAAAUGGGAUGCAGACAAAAGUUAUACAAGGAACAGAGUACCUAGGAGUGGGAUACGAUUUUAUAUUUGGAAAUCCUAUAGGAGAUCCAUUUUUAAAAGUAGACCCAGGAUAUCGUGAUACAAUAAUAAAGUUAACAUACCCGAAAUCAGAUGAAGAUUACCCUGAUAGUUAUACAAACAUUAAUCCAAAUGGUUCAUAUGUAAGAAAUGAAAUUUCUUGCAAUAGGUCUGAAAAUGAGAGUGAAAUAUCAUCAAUGAAUGAAUAUACAAAAGAGCUUUCAGUAGAUGCAUCCAUAGGUGCAUCCUAUGGAUUGUUUGGAUCAUUUUCUGCAUCUACAGGUUAUAAGAGUACAUCUAAUACUAUUUCUAAGAAGAAGUUUAGAAUGUUCAUAUUAAAAAGUUAUUGCUUUAAAUAUGUAGCUUCUUUAUCUCAAUAUGCUCAAUGGAAACUCAGUGACCCAUUUCUUAGAUCGAUUAAUUUGCUUCCGUCCUAUUUUAACUCCCUAGAGCACGAUGGCGCAUAUUGCACCGUGGAGGAUUAUCGAGAGGAAAACAAUAAAGGUAUUGGUAGCAACGGUAGUAGUGCUAAUGGCAGCAAUGGCGAAGGGAAGGAAAAGUGCGGUCGAAGCGUAUAUGCAUGGCUGUAUUUCUUCAAAAAUUUCGGCACUCAUGUGUCAACUGUCAUACAUUUAGGAGGAAAAAUAACACAACAGGUAAAAAUAUCGAAGAAUGAAUACAAAGCAUUGAGUGAAAAAGGACUUUCCGUUUCUGUAAGUGCCUCUGUUGGGUUAGGUUUGUUUAAAGCAAAAGCAUCUACAAAUACAGACUCUAACGAGUUAAGUAAAGAAGAUUCUUCUAAUUCUAGUAUGGAAAAGGAAACGAUAAUAAUUGGUGGAACAACAAUAUACGAUCCUAAUGAUCCUACAAAUUUCGAAAUGUGGGCAAAAAGUAUAAAAGAUAACCCUAUGCCAAUAAAAGCACAAUAUGAACCUUUAUCUAGAAUAUUACCUAUUAGAUUAACUAAAGUAUAUGAUGAAGCAUUAAGUUUUUAUAUUUCACUUAAUGUACCUGUUAAUGUUGGUCAAGUAUCAAAUGAUGAAAUGAAACAUUAUAAUAUAAAAGAUCAAUUGAUGAAAUCUAAAAUUGUGUAUGGCAGUGGGCCAGGAUUAGUUGUACUUGAAUGUGAAGAGAAACAAAAUUUCAUCUUGGGAUUUUCUUUAUCAAUACCUAAUGAUUUGACAAAUUUAAAAGAUUUUCAUAUGAGUACAUGUGAUGAAGAUUCCGAUAAAUGUUAUUCCAGAAUGAGUGAUAAUUCAUAUAAUUAUCUUUUUGCUAUGUGUAAUGAUGAAAUGAUACCUUUUUUUGAGCAAAAGGUAAAAUCAGGUACAGGUUUAUUAACACUUGAAUGUUCAGAAAAAAAUCAAGUCAUUUUAUUUGGUUUUGGUAUUAGUGUAUUAAACUCAAAUGAUCCUAUGUCAAUAGCUAUUUACCCUUGCAAAUAUGGUAAAUCUUCAUGUUCUAUGCAAGGACCUACAGAUCAAUCUGCGGUAGGUUUAUGGAUUGUAUGUGGUCAUGAAGAAUCAUCUAAUUCUAAAUUUUCUGUUUAUGUUCGAAAAUUAGCUCAAGAUAAUGUUUCAGGAAAAAAAAAAAAAUCUAUUGAUAUAUGUCCUGAAAAAGUAUUAUUCAAUUUAAUUUUCGAAUUUACUAAAACACCUAUUAAUAAACGUAAUGGUUUAUGUUUCACUGUUAAUGAUUUAUGUCCUAAAGAUUUUCACGUCUGUUCUGAUAAAAAGAAUUUGAAGACGUUUAAUUAUUACUCCGUGUCCGUGUACUAG